AGAUUCCGAGUUUCAACUGAUUUCGUGGAAGGAUUUAAUUUUAUACUGGAUUUAAGCAUCAGUUAAUUUUCCGGCUAAAAAUGAUGUCGCCGAAGCAAAUCUCCGACGAUCGAGGAUCUUCACAUUUCAGGAAUACUCCUUUCCAGAUAAUCCACCUUAUUGGGAACUUUUUAAGGAUAUGGUCAGUUUAUUCUAUGUACCGAUACUUGAAUCAGACGGGAGCGCCUGUUGUUCUCUUUCUCUUCUGCUGUUUGGUGCCUUCAUCUAUCAUCUUCUUGAUACUUCAAAAACCAUGGAAAGGAAGGGCACUUUCUAAUCAACAGAUUGUACCUUCUCUUAUCAAUGGAGUCAUCACAGCUCUAUACUUCAUCUUAUGGGGAAAAGGUCUCAAGUCUUGUGGACCUCUUAGAGCUAUCUUAUCAGAGUACUCUGGUGCUGUUCUUGGAGUACUUUCUGGAGUAUUGUAUGGACGGAGAGGUCAUGUGUGGAAAAAGGUAGGUGGCCUCAUUGCAAUGCUGGUAGCUCUUUUUUUCUUGUCUCAAGGAUGGGCGACAUCAUCGCUCUCCCCUUUUUAUAUCCUUUUUCGCAAUACCGAAACAAAAGAGGAAGAAGUACAAACAGAACAGGCACUAGGUAUGAUGGGAAUGAUGAUACCAGUUUUUGCUGGAAUCUUAUCAGCGUUAAGGCGGGUUAUCGCGCGCCGUGUUUCUCUAAAGAACCAGCAGAAGAAACGACUUCAUGCGAUAACCAUUACUUCUGCCACCUGUUUCUUGUUUCCUGUGGCCAUGUGGGACCUUAUCAUAGGGUCAUCUUCUGGGAAAACAUCCGAGUUGCCAUUUUCUGCGUGGGCUUUCCUUAGCACCAUUGUUUUCGGAAUCAUCCUAAUAUUCUAUGUUGACAAUAUCGCAGAAGAGAGAUUGCAUAUGGUGUUUUCUUCGCCGAGGCAUUUAAUGGUAGCAGGUGCAUGCAUAAUAGUCAUGGAGUUAGCUUACGAAAUGGAUUUUUCUCUUCCCGGUUUCAUCGUCUGUUGCUUAGUAUUAGGGUUUGGAAUAUUCGAGGCAACAUCUCUCGAACGUAGCAAGAAAGACUCUUCGUUGAAAUCAGAAGAUCCAUCAAACGGAAUCCUUGGUAAUAAUGACUUUGAUACUUCUCCAAUUCUUCCCAUAUAGCUCACCAAUCUCUCACCCACACUAACGACGAUGUACUGUUGAAUGUACUUGUCCUUGACGAUGUAAAUCUAUCCGGUCAUACUCAUUCUCAA